GCAGCUGCUGUUUGUGGGGAGCGUUCUGCGAAGGCUUAAUGCCAUUCUGGAAGUGAUCAGGGAAUUUUUAGCAUGCCCCUUGCUGUGAAGGCAAAGUUCUAAAAGCCCUUGUGGAAAAGCGUCAUCCAAGUAUGCAAGCUUUCUUGUGGAGCCUGCAGCCUUUGCAGGCAUUUGCAUGUGCAUGCAAAUAGCGAUAUAUUUUAAAUCGGUUAAUAUCUCUUUCACUGAAAGAACGAGCUAGGAAAAAAAGGCGGAUUAUUGUGUUGUGUAGAACAUGAACCGUUAACGACUGUGUGUAGUUCAGGAGGUAUUUACAGCGUAUGCUACUGUUUCUGGGGUGGAACUUCUUUACCAAUUUGAGACACUCUUCCUUACAGAAUUUAAAUGAAUAUGUAGCUGCAUUAAUUGCGCUGAAGCAAAAAAUGAUUGAUGGAGAUCGUUUGCUGACAGAGUAUCAACAGAAAUGCACUGAGCUUCAGUUUGCUGAAAGGGAGAUCUCUGCUCUUCGUUGCCAAGUGGAGCAGAUGAUACAGAAAAUCCUGCCUCUGGAGAAGUGUCAGGAAGAGUUGGGUUCUUUGAAAGCAGAGUUGGAAGAGAAAAAGAGUUCUCUCAAGAUUUAUCAAGAGAGUCAACUGGAGUAUGUUAGGAUUAAAGAAGAAAUAGUAAAAAGUGAUGCUGCGAGAAAGAAACUGGAAGCAAAAGUGAAGAAACUGGAAGAGGCCGCAGCAAAGCGUACACAAGACUUCAGACAGCUGAAAACUGAAAAGAAAGGACUUGAAAAGGAGCUAAAGAAAGCACAAGGUAGACUUGAUGGUGCUUUUAAGGAGAAGUGCAGAAAGAUAGUUAAACAUGCUGAGACCCAGAGUUCUGGUGAAGAUCUUACAACAGAUAUAGACAAAGAAAAAAUAAAACUCUUAUUGAGAGAGCGCUGGAUGUGUAUUGACGGUGCAACAGGAAAAAGAGAGAAAGAGGAAAAUGAUUACAUCUUGGCUGCUGUUCAGGAUAAGGGACGACUUGAAAAAAGAAGACGCUUUGUUGCAGGAGAAACUGUACAAACCCACCAAAAGAUGAGGAAAUCUGAUGACAAAAUGCUACCUUGGUGUUCUUCACUAGAAAGCGUUGAAAAGCAAAAUUCUGUAACAGCUGUGCAGCCUCGAGUAGGCACGGAGCCUUUUGGAGAUGACCGUCUGGAAAACAGGACUACUGAGGAAGAUCUGCAAGGUUGUACUAACGAUGAUGCUUUUUGUGAGGACAAAACUAUAGAUGUGAUAGUACAGACAGAAGGGGCAAGCAACAGUUCAGACUUUUCUGAUCAGGAGCAAAAAAGCCCAGGUGGAAAUGUGAUGGAUGUACUGAAUUGGGCCAGGCCUCUCCCUGCUCUGCUUUCUCCAGUACAGCUUUCACCACUAGCUACACAGGAUGUAUUGUUUGGAGAGGUCACGGAUUCCAGCGAUGAAGAAGUUGAUUGCAGUGCUUCUGCAGUGGAGUGUAUUUUAGACGAAGGCAGAGUUCAGCCUCAGAGUUGUAAUCUGUUCAGCCUGAAUGAAGCGUCUCUGCAUGGUCUUGAUGCAGAAAUCUCAGGUAACCUGAGAAGGAAUGAAAAGAUUGUUCAUAUUGGUCCAACGAUGCUAAGCAAGGAGGAGAGAGAUGCUGUAGCAGAGCAACCUGAGGCGGCUACUUUAAUUAUGAGCAUGGAAGCUAACAAAGAGCUUUCAGAGGAGAGUUCUGAGAAUGUGGAAACUGAGAAAGAACUAACUGAAGUAACGGCACAUAAAUUAGAACCUGUUCAAGAAGAGAGAGGGAAUGUUGAGGACACGCAUAGUGAAUGUGGAACCUCUUCAGCUGAUAGUAUGUCACACAAUUUCCAGCCUCAGAAUCAGACGGAAGAAUGUAGUGAGGUAGAGCAGAAAGAGGAGAAUGUAGUCUUAAUUGGAUCUGUUGAUUAUGAGUGUAAGCAUGAAAAGCAUGGUGAGUUAAUGAAAGCAGGAGAUGGUUUAUCAGGAGAGAGGGAAACUCCCAUGGCAAUAUCUGUUCCUGAAGAUGUUCACUUGGCACCUGAGCAAGGCAUCUUUGUGCUUCAAAGUGAAGAUUCUGAGGAGAAAUCUAACGUGUUGACGGAGAAUGAAGUAGUUGAAAAUGAAUUCAAAGAUGUAACCAGAGUAAAUAAUAUGGCAAGUGAUGUAGAAGAAAACACAGAACAGGUGAUAAUUGGAGAGGAAGUAACAGCUGCAAUACAGACAGAAGGACUGUGUGCAGAGGCAAAUGACAAGAGGAAGCUCUCUGAAAGCAUGCAGUCUGGUUUCAGUAGUUCUGAAUUCUUCAGUGAAGCAGAGCAUGCUGAAGACCUGACGAUGCAGUGUGAUGGGGGGAAAAGAGGCCUAGAGACUGAGGUAGACACUGGAGCUACUGAGAUCUCUGCUCCUUCUCAGUGCUCUGAAAUAAAAGAUGACAGUGAAGAGAUACUGAAGAAACAAUAUGUGCAUACAGAAAAAUGUAAACUGGAUGAAGAGUGCAAACCAGAAACUUCUAAUAUCUCUAGACAUUACUUACUUGCAUCAGCUACCGAAGGAAUCGGAAAUUCAUUGUAUGUAGAUGACACAGGCAAAAAUGUAGGUGUGGACAGAAUUCCUUGCUCACCCUUUCCAAAAGAUGAUGAACAGCUCAAAAUUCGAGAGGUGAAUACUGCCAAACCUGAGACUGUUGAAUUAGCCCUGAAAUUGAACAAAGAAAAUAUUCUGGAAGUAGCUGAAUCAUCAGAAUUAAUCAAUAGAGCAGAAAAAGGAGUAGUAUUAGAUAUAAAGGAGGGGGAAUCUUUAGAAGUUAAACCGCGCUGGGAAGAAAAAGAUAAUAAUUUAUUGCAAAAAAAGUCAGACUUGGAAAAUCUGGCCCUACCAAACUUCAAAAGUUUGGCCCUACCAAAGGCAGCAUGCGUUAUUGAUGCGGAAAAUGAUGCAGCUAAUUAUGUCCCACCUGUGUUAGAUUUUACAGAACAAAAUGGUGAAAUGAAACAAGCUGAAAACACGUGUAGUACCUUAGAAUGUGGGCUGUCUAAAACUGAGAACUUAAAAGUGAUCGAAUCUCAAGAGACUGAAUUCAAAGUUACACAAGAAGUUUUUGGAGGGGACAACAGUGAGCUGUUAGAAACAGAGAAAGUGAAUACCAUCCAAUCUGUCUUAGCAGAAAGCAAACUUAUUUCUCAGGAACAAUUUGCAAAAUGUGUAAAUCAGUUUUCAGUAACUGAAAAUUUUAAAUGUAGUGAGAUAAAAGGGGAAUUAAAUAAGCCAAGCAAGGAAGUGGUGACUGAGAACCGUCACAGUUCAUUUAACUGUGAAGAGAAUAUUGUGAAGAAGAGAAAUAACACUUCAGCAAUCUUAUGCCAGGCUGCUUCAGAAAAGGAUUUUAACAGUGGACUGGCUUUGCCUACUCAAGAGGUCUUGGAAACAGGCUGUAUAAAUCCUGAAGAAGCAGAUCCUCCUGUUCAAGUGAAAAUUGGCUUAGAAUCCACAGUGCCUACUGAUCCAAAUUUCAGUCUUCAGAAAGUUGGCAGGUUUGAAACUAAUUUCACAGAAAAUGCUGCUUCUGCCCGUAUAUGGGAAAACGGGGGAGAUGAAACGGAUGUUAUGUGUAGUGUGUUUAACUGCUCUUUGGCAAGCUCGGAAGAGGGUUUGGAGAUCUUACCUGCUGAAAAAGAGAAUGCAUGCAAAGAACCAGACUGCCCUGGGAGCGAAUGCACACAGAAAAGCAAAGCGGAAAUUCCGGGUGAGAAGGAACAGCCAGUAGAUGAAGAACCUCAGCCACUGCUAAAAACACAGAUCCUGGGUGCCAACUCCUCUGAUGAUAAUUUCCGCUUCCAAGAGCUUUUUUGUGAAGAAUUAGGAUGCAAGACUUCUGUGGGGGAGGUUGCUACAGAUCCUUCUAGAACUGAUGAACUAACAGCUGGGGGAAAAAGCAAAGAAUUGGACAGUGUUGAGACAUCUGAGAAAAGUGGCAGUGAAAGGUCUGAAAGUGCUUCUGAAAUCCCAGAGCAGAGCAAAGAAUCUGAAGAGGAAGGCUGUCCCAUACAAAAAGACAGGUAUGUCAAAUGGUCUGACUGUGUUCCAGGGUUCAGAGAGGAGUUGAGAGCUUCUGGGACAGCGGUGGGGGAUGGCGAUUACCACCAAGUAUGUAAAUGUCAUUCGACAACGCCCCCCAGAAACACUGUGAUGGCUAGUCAUUUAAAAGCAGAUACUAUAGCAGAUACGGAUGCAUGCUGUGAAACUAACACCUCUUCAAGUACUGUAAAUGAGUUGUCAUCUUUGGUCGGGGAGGGUUAUCCUGAAGACUUACCAUCUACCAGUAAUAAAAGAAAGCUUUUAUUAUUGACCUCUGAAAAUACUGAGGGUGCCUGUGAAUGCAGGGGAGGUUCUAAUACAGCUGGAUGGAAGGAUGGCAGUGAGGAAAGUCUGAUAAAAGCUGGAACUUCAGAAGAAAGCCUUGCAGUGCACAGUGCUCCAAAAAAUAGGUUACCGCUAUGCCAGAUGUUAACGACAUUCUCAGAAACGAACAGUCUGGCUAUAAAAACCAGUGAAUUAAAUACAACGUUAGCACUUAGCAAUUUCUUAGAAGUAAACGAUUCUGGAAAACUUCAGUCAAACGCGGAGCAAAGUCUACUACAUAGUGUUGAUAAGGAGGUAUCAGUGUUUGAAGAAUAUAAUCAUAAUCAAACUCUCACUGUUUGCAACUUGAGAGACAGCAUCACUGAUGUUAUGCUAGGAGGUUCUGAGCCUUCUCGUUGUAGCAGUUGUACCUCUUGUCCUCAGAAGGACUUUCUGAAGAGCGAUGAAAAAAAGUUUUCAGUCAAGCCUCUUCCAAAUCCAGCUCCGUCUGAUGCAGUAUGUGAUUCUCAGGCAGUCAGCCAGCCUUCCGAGUUGCAAAAAGCAACGUGUGAAAAGCCAUGCACGUUGGAGUCAGGAUCUUGUGUGGAUGUUGGUCUCGAAAAGAGCAGUAAAUUGAAGUGCCAAGUGCAAGAACCAUCUGAAGUCUUGACUGUUUCAGCUGAGACAGCUGUCCAAGCAACGCAUGGCAGGCUAUCCAAGAGACUGUUUCAAGGUAAAGGAAGAAAAAAAACCCUCAAAGCUAAACUGACUCAAUCAGUUCUUGCAAAUGCUGAUACAUCUGUACCACUGAAAUGCUCAUCCGAGACUCUAAAUAAAAUCAGACAGGAGAUGGGUCCUCCUCUGCCCCCUUUGCUGCUGCCUUUGCUUGCUACUCCCCCGAGAGCUGUGUAUUCCGCAUCCCCAGUAAUGCCUUCAUCUGUUCAAUCCUCCUUGUUUUCUCCUCUUGAUGAUCUGAUAUCCCCACUCCGUGAAACUCCUGUUCCUCCUCUGAUGUCUCCUUUGACAGAUACUCCCACAGUCAAAUCUGCCCUUUUAUUUUCCCCUCCAUCUCCUUCAGAAGUGGCAGUAGGUAGAAGAAUUCUCUCUUCACCUUUGAAAUUUUGUACUUCCAUUCCAAAGCACGCACUUCCCGUUCCAGGAAGAUUUCCUCUAUUUGCAGCUGAUAGUGCUGCUCCGGUUGUUGCUCAGGAGAACUCUGUGAAAAUACUGGACACUAUGUAUCCAGAGCUAUCUGCAAGGGCAAGAACACUAAACAUUUUGAAAGGCAAUAUUCAGCUUAACCGAAGUGCCCUGUCAGACGGCCAAAAUUUGCCAGGACCUGUGACUCAAAUAGGUGGGUUCAAAGCAAUUGCAUCUACGUCAACUGCUUUUGUUAAAACUGGGAGCAAUUUGAAAUCUGACAGUAGCAAAGAACAACACAAAGACAUGCAAAAUCAGCAGUUGUUUUCCGGCUCACUGAAUCAUCUUGGGAAAAGGACAUUAAUGCCAAUGUCUAUGCCAAGAAGCGCAAAGAGGCUGAGAUUGGACAGUGAACCACCAAAGCUAGAGCCCAGUGACAUUGCUGCUGUUGGAGCUACUGAAAAUAUGAUGUCUGAAGCGCAGGGACCUUUGCACGUCAAGAGCUGUGAAAUCGAUGAUUCAGCACACAGUUCCGGUUCAGAAGCGUCUUUACCCGUAAAGGUGGUUAUUGAUACUGAUUGCCAGAUAGUUACUGUGGCAUUGAAGAAAAUUGCUGAAUCCUGUUUUGACUUGUUGCCUGUUAUUCGAAGUCACGUGUACGUGGGCAAUAUCUCCAAGAUUCCAGUAAUGACAGAUGAAGAGAAAGAAGUUGUCUAUGAAUUUGGUAUCACAAACAAGCAUUUAGCAGAGUCACUGCUGCACACUAUUCUCAGUAAACUCAAGACUCGGAAGACAGCUUCAAAUCGCAAUUUCACUCAGGCUCUCUGUAGAGUUUAUGUAGGAAUUUGUCGGCAGCUGGGAGACUUGGAAAGAGCCCGAUUAUUCAGCUAUAGCUUACUUAAAGAAGACUUUCCAGACUCGGAUAAAUUGAUUUUAUUUGUCACAAAUGUGUGGCCUGACAUAUUUUUCUUCCAAGGCGUGAUUAACAAAGCUAUGCAAUUAGUUAUCAGGCAGCGUGUCAAGGACGAGGUGCUGACCUGUUUGAGUGCUUAUCUCAACUGGGAACAGAGUUCAUCUUUGGAUGCUGGUGUUAUGGUCUCAAGCCUGCUUGUAGAAAUGCAGUCAUGUCCAAAAGUAGAAUUUCAGUCGAGUGAGCGGUAUGGAGAAGAUCUGAAUGAAGAUGCUUGGCAGUACAUAUUUGCUAUUGAUCUACUCUGCUCCCACAUGAAGUGGGGUUGGACACAUGACAAUGUCAUAAGCAAAGUGCUUUGGCCUUCUAUGGAUAAGUGGGUAAAAAACAGAAAAGGUCAUGAAGUGGUCCAGUCCAUUCCUGAUACUGUGAUAGCAUCAACAUUCAGACUAAUUGGUCGACUGGGCCAAAUAGGUUUGAAGGAAGGAUAUCUUUCUGCUGUGAGGAAUGUUAGUUCUGUAAUUGGACUAUUUGUACAGCAUGCAAAAGAAGAAGAUGUGCCCUGGGGAGUGCAGCUGGCAGCCAUAUAUUCAUUGUGUGACUUGGGUUCAAGCAAUCCAGUAGGUAUUGUUGAGGCCAUCCAUGCUUGGAAAGCAACAGCUCUAAAGAGCAUCCCUUUUGCUGUCACGAGUGGCAUAGCUGAAAUCACUUCUGUGUGUAAAAUGGACUUAAGCUAAAACUGAGGGAAACAGGCUGAUCUAAAGGAAGAAGUGCCUUAUUUUACUAAGCAGUAGUUGGUUCCAGUUAAAAACAAUACAAAGAAGAAAACCGGGAGAAAAAUGGUGUGUGGUGUGGGAUUUUUGGCUUUUAGGAUUUUUGUUUUGGGUUGUUUUGUUAUGUUUUACUGAAUGUCUGAUGACACAGCGCAAGCUCAACUGUUUUAUUUCCCCUUUGUGUUCUCCCCUUUUGCAAGGGGAGAGAGGUUUUAAAAAAGCAAAAAGGCUUGCUUUUCCCAAUAACUCGUCAGUGAUCUAAAGCCAGUAGACGUUUUUCUCUCCUGAGAGAUUUAUGGUUUGAUGUCAUUGUUUGUAUUUGUCUUCCCUCAAUAUGGAGCACUGGCUAUUUGCCACAAUAGAAGAUUGAGUCUGGCUGGAAACCUGCUCUAUUAUUUUGUACUUUAUUUAUAAAGUAACUGUUCAGAUAGCAGGACUUUGUCCAGGUUCUGCUUUGUUUUACGUGAGUAGUCUCAUCAAUUUAAUUUAAAAUACUUGUUUAAAGCAAGUAGGAAUUGGCUUUUUAUGUAACAAUCGUGUAUAGAGUAACAGAGGUAUUAAAUCUCUGAAUUUGUAUAUAUGCUAUAUUCUGAUAAUGUGUUUCACAUUUGAUACUGUUCCACUUGAGGAAUUUUGUGCAUGUACAUAGAAAGUUGGUUCAAAAAAGUUCCAGUUUCUAAUGAUAGCUUCACUAUACUCGACAUUUUUGUACCUUUCAUAAUAAAAGAAACAAACACGUUUG